GCAAUGACUUUUAUUUUGGAAUGAAAUGUAAUCUCUCUUUAGGUAAUUGAAGCAUUAGUUUAGAUUCGGAAGCAGUAUGGGAUUAGAUACGAUGAGAAGAGACAAUUAAACUUGAAAGAAAGGAGUGCUGUGUGGGUCCAAUGUUCAAAUAGUCACCAAUAAGUGCAAAAAUGAAUGUGUAGUUUUGGAAUUUUUAUCAUAAACUAUUAGUUUCCUUUAUUUGGGGGAUUUUGUUUGGGAGAAGAGAACGAAAAUUUUGAACAAAAAGAAUGGGAGAAAAAUGGAGAAAUUAUACAAAGGAAGUGAAGAAGGUCAUCUUCUUAGGAGCUCCCAUAAUCACUGCCCUUCUUCUUCAGUACCUUUUGCAGGUCAUCACUCUCAUCCUCAUCGGCCAUCUCGACGACGAGCUUUUGCUUUCCGGUGUCUCCAUUGCCAUUUCCUUUGUUCGGGUUACUGGAUUUAGCCUCCUCCUAGGAAUGGCUGGAGCUUUAGAAACUCUAUGUGGACAAGCAUAUGGAGCAGAACAAUAUCAUAAGAUUGGAAUUUAUACUUAUAGUUGCAUGAUUUCUCUCCUUUUAGUUUGUUUUCCAAUCUCUAUAUUAUGGUUUUUCACAGAUAAAUUACUAAUUUUGAUUGGCCAAGACCCUUCAAUUUCUUUUGUGGCAAGAAAUUACUCAAUUUUUCUCAUUCCAAACCUCUUUGCCUAUGCAAUCCUUCAAUCUCUUGUGCGCUAUCUCCUCACUCAAAGCUUGAUCCUUCCUUUGCUCUUUUUCUCAUUUGUUACACUCUCUUUGCAUAUUCCCAUUUGUUGGCUUCUUGUUCUUCAUUUCAAGUUUAAAGUUAUGGGAGCUGCUUUGGCUCUUGGCAUAUCUUAUUGGCUCAAUGCUAUUUUUCUUGGUCUUUAUAUCUUCUUCUCUCCUUCUUGUAACAAGACUCGAGCUCCGUUCUCAAGUGAGGCUAUCUCGAGUAUCCCUAAGUUCUUUCGGCUUGCCCUUCCUUCUGCCUUGAUGGUUUGCCUUGAGUGGUGGUCUUAUGAGGUUAUUCUUUUGCUUUCUGGGCUUUUACCAAAUCCUAAGGUGGAGGCUUCUGUGCUUUCUAUAUGUUUCUCAAUCACUUAUUUGCAUUAUUUCAUACCAUAUGGGUUGGGGGCCACAGUAAGCACAAGAGUAUCAAAUGAACUAGGAGCUGGAAAUCCAGAGGAAGCUAAAGUAGCAGUGAAGGUAGUGGGAGUUCUUGGAAUCAUUGAAUCAAUUGUUGUGAGUUUAACUCUGUUUGGAUGUCACAAGUUCUUGGGAUAUGCAUUCACAAGUGACACUCAAAUUGCCAAUCACAUUGCUUCCAUGUGGCCUUUGAUUUGCCUCUCCAUUCUCAUUGAUAGUUUCCUUGGUGUUCUUUCAGGUGUUGCAAGAGGAAGUGGAUGGCAAGAUUUAGGGGCAUAUGUGAAUUUGGGAUCAUAUUAUAUAGUUGGGAUUCCAAUGUCAGCAGUGUUGGCUUUUGUUGUACAUUUGAGAGUCAAAGGGCUUUGGAUUGGUUUGGUUUCUGGAGCUGCUCUUCAAACCUUUCUUUUUGCUCUCAUUACCACUUUCACUAAUUGGAAUCAACAGGCCUUAAAAGCAAGGGAAAGGGCUCUUGAAGGAAAUACCUAAAAUCUCUCCCCAAUUAUAUCAUCACAAUAGUUUGAUUCAAUUGUAAACUCACCCAUUUAUGGGGUUUAAAUUAAAGGGUAACAAUUAUCCAUUAAGGAACACUACUUAAUCAAUCAUCAGGUUCUACUUAA